CAAACAGUGCUCAUUCUUCAAUUUUCACUGUGAGAACCAAAUAAUUAUCAAAAAUAUAAACAUAAGUGAGAAUGUGAUUACCUCAAGAAAUCCUAUUACCAAUAUUUUUGUAUCUGUCAUGUUUUAAAAUAAAGUAACGUGAAAAUGAAUCCAUAUAAGGAUGCAGAAGAGAGUUCUUUCACGACAUUACAUCUCACAUAUGAAGAUAUAGCGACAAAAUUGUUAAAAGACAAUUUAUUUUUAUCUGCUUUGGAACUUCAUACGGAACUUGUAGAAAGCGGCAAGGAAUUACCUCAACUAAGAGAAUUCUUUUCUAAUCCUGGCAAUUUUGAGCAACAUGUAUCGCGAGCGACUGAUAUUAGUUCUAUGCACCGUACACCAAGUCAAGCUACAUUGGACUCUCUAGACACAGCUAGGUAUUCUGAAGAUGGAGGUGGGGAUCGCGGAGGAAGUGGUGGAGAUGUAGCAGUGCUUGAGUUUGAACUUCGAAAAGCUCGCGAAACUAUUAAUGCAUUGAGAGCAAAUCUCACUCAAUUUGCAGAUGGAGAAUCAUCUUUAGAUAAAACAACAAAAGAUAACUUUAAUGAAAGAUCUUUAAAGCCACAUGAGAAAAGAGCUCUGAAUUUUCUCAUAAAUGAAUACCUAUUGCUUCAAAAUUACAAGUUGACAAGCAUUACUUUUUCAGAUGAAAAUCCAGAUCAGGAAUUUGAAGAUUGGGAUGAUGUUGGCUUAAAUAUGACGAGACCAUCUAGUUUGAUAUCCUUAUUUAGAGGAAGCACUAAUAAUCUGAAUGUAACAAAGGAGGACACUGCUGUGAAUACAAGUAUAUCAUUGGCAGAAAUGGAGUGUCAGACUGAUUUUGAUGAAGGCAAUGUAUGUGUUAGUUGUCAAACAUCAUUAGACCAUGACUCUGAAUGGAAUCAUGAGCUUUUAAUUCAGGCUGAAGAGAUAGAGUUGCUUAAACAAAAAAUAAUAGCUCUAGAAACAGAAAAGUUAAACUUUCAAAAGUUGUAUGAUGCUGCUUUAGUAAGUUUGAAUUCACUGACAAGUCCCACUUCUGAGGGCAAAGCUCUUGACCUGCAAAUACCAGGUGAAAAGUUGUUCAGUGGUCAAUCAACAUUAGAACAGACUUUUGAAAACAAGCCACUUCCUUGUACAGCUUCAGAGAAUCAUUAUGGUAGUGGAAAUUCAACACAUAGUGUCACACCAGAGCAAUUUGAGAUGAUAUACAGUGAGAAAAAUGGUGGAUCAACGAAAAAAGAAGGUUCAAACACCAGCUCAUUUGAACCCGCGUUGCUUGGCGACAGUGUUCGCGGCUCACCCUACAGGCGUGGCAGCGUGACCACACUCGACGAAACCUUGAGUAUCAACGACGCGGGCGAGUGGACGCGCGUGCAAUAUGAGUAUAAUACCAUUGAGAACAGCAAGGAAAUGUGGAUUGACAGUAAUCUUCCUAACAACUUGAAGGAAUCGAUACUGUCGUGGUGUUACGACUCAACUGAUCUUAAUGAGCCUCUAGCCAACGAUCUACUCUCAGACUUGGUAACCAGCAAACAACCCAUCACAUUACCUGGACUGCUACCAUUAGUAGCGGACACACUGCCUCGAGUGCUGCCGCACACGCUGGUGUCGCGGCGCGGCGAGGCGGCGGCGCUGCUGGCGGGCGCGGCGGCGCUGCUGCCCGCUGGCGACGCGCGGCGCGCGCGCACGCUGCACGCGCUGCUCACGCUCUACAAGAAGCCCGAGCCGCCCGACGCCAGGGCCGUCUGCGAAGCGACAUGUCUAGUCGUAAAGUGGGGUGGCAGUGGUGAAGUGCUAUCUUCGAUAGCGGAACUCCUGGCGUCCAGGUCCCCCGAGCGAAGAAUACUCGCCAGCCAAAUCUGUCUCUCGAUAGCCCCAUAUGUGCCCAUCGAGCUGUGCACUUCCCUGUUGCUCAGUCUGGUCGUACUCAUGUGUGAGUCUAGUGAACCGGAAAUAAGGAGCAUCGGUCUCAAGUCCGCCUGCCUGGUAUGCCCUGUCGCGGAGCACAAGUAUGGGCAGCUGGAGAACAUCAUGUUUAGCUUCCUGAAGGAUUCAGUGGAGAAGAAUGUUAAAGAUACUAUUAGUGUAUUUGUGCCAAUUUUGGCAAGGAGUUCUCUAUUUGCUGGCAAAUUUUCGUCGGAUCUGCUUAGCAGAAUAAUGAACAAUUUAGUGUUAGCGAGCACAGAUAACGAAUGGAAAAUCGUAAUUUUAUAUUUGGAUGUGAUGCAAGCUUUAGUUUUAGCGCAACUGGCCUAUGUAAUUAAUGUACAAUUAGUUAAAGAUACAAACCUGAGUAACUGUGAUAUGGAAACCGUAAACCUGCAAGAAGUGCCGUUGAGUGAGAAAAAGUUUAUAGAUUUACAAUGUUAUAUGACUGAUGAUGUUGAUGCUAAGAUUUUAUUAACAACAAUGAAUAGCUUAUUAAAAGAUAACCCUGAGGCGAGAUGGGAGGAAUUGAAUUGGUUUAUUAGUGUAGUAAAACAAAUUUUAGAUAUAGCAACAAAUAGCAAGAUAUUAAGUCACCACGCAAUAUAUGAAAUGCUUAUAAAUUUAUUUAAUAAUUACGUAGAUAACUUUGGUGCUGAAUUCUCUUCGAAAAUCUUAAAUCCUAUAUUCAAAGAGAUAAUUAUGGACUUAGAGAAUAAAUUAGAGAAACUACACGCAGUCAAUGUUGAUCGUGUCGUUAUAGUUGGCAUUUACCUAAUAACGGUAUUGAUAGCGUGCGAGGAAAGAACGAAACAUGGAGAAUUUUUGGAAAAAUGGGUCAUGUACAGCAGCUUGAGAGGUCUUCCAACGAAAAUAUUUUCUAUUCCUUUUAAAUAUUUGGCACAAAACAAGCCAGAUACGCUAAAUUUCUUUUUGCAACAUCUACGGGAAUUCUCAGCCACUAGUUGCGACAGUUCGAGCGGCAGCGCCGUCCGCGUGUACAUCGCGAACCUUAUCACGGAACUCCUGAACAUAACGGACGUAGAGGAGGAGUGUAUAGACAAACAGCUCCUACCCGCCAUCGUCGCCUUGCUUUAUGAUGACGAUGUGUCGGUCCGCGAGGCGGGGCUGUCGGCGUGGGGGGGCGCGGCGCGGCGCGUGGCGGGCGACGCUCGCGUGUGGGCGCCGCUGGAGGGCGCGCUGGGCUCGCGGGAGCUGUCGGCCGGCGAGCUGGCCCGCGCCGCCGAGGCGCUCGCGCUGCUGCUGCUGCCCCACGAGGACGGCCGGCCCGCCUCCGAGAGAGCGGUGUCGGCGCUGUGCCGGCUGUGCGAGUGCGGCGCGGCGCGCGCGGCGGCGGGCGCGCUGUGCCCCGCGCUGCAGCUGGCCGCGCACCGCUGCGCGCCGCACCGCGACCUGCCCCGCGCGCUGCGGAAACUAGAAGAGAUCGUUCAAGCGCCGUCCCUGUCGCAGUACAAGCCGGCGAUCGAGGCCCUGUUGCAGGUCGUGGGCUCGCCUGGCGAGGUCCCGCGGGGCCCGUCCCCUCGCCCGUCGACCAAUCUCCAGGCCGCUCAGGAAGUCGGUAGAAGGGUUACGCAAAUAUUUCAACAGUCCAAAACUAAUAUGAAUCUGCAGAACAUUUUUAAGAAAAAGACGUAGUCUGAAGGAUGCUUUUUAGAGUUUUUUUUUCAUCUGGAUUGAGAUAUAAUUUUUGUGCAACUUCUAUGAAUAAAAUUAGUAUAGAAGCCAUUUAAAACACACUAUCACUCAAUAUCAUUAGUAAUUAAUUACUUAAUUUUAAUUAUGUAUUACUUUUGCUUGGGUCGAGUGCUUUUAUAAAAGUAACGAAUUUUCGAUCACAUUAUAAAAGACUUCCUUAACGUUAAAACUAAAAUUCUUGUAUAAAUUCUUGUGGCAGCCAUGUUAGUGAUUGGUAGAGAUGAUACUUGAUAUCACAAUUUCUAUGUUUCUAUAAAACAUUCGCUUUAUUCUCAGCUUUAUAUAAUAAUAGAUAAUAUUUCGUAAGAAACAUAAUAUUUUAUGGACAAAAGGCAUUUGUACUUAAUUAUUUUAAAUCUCAAAAGUUCCAUAGACAAUAUUUUUUUCAUAGUUAAUAUUCUUUAUGUUGACAUAAAAGUUUAUAUUAAUGUUAUUGUUGAAAUGACUUCCCCUAUAAAGUGCUUCUCCCUAUCGUUAAGUAAAUGAAUUGUAAAUAUUUUUUUAUCGUUGUACAAAUGUUGCCGGUAUUGUUUAUUUUAA